AAGCAUUCAUGGAUCUGUAGAUGAACAACUUUCUCUUUGCCUAGAUGCUAUAUGAAAACUGCUAGAAAAUAACCCCAGCAACUCAGCUUUAGUGGAAAAUACCCUGGACCGGGAGUCAGGUUUCCUUCUAGAUGCCCGAAAUAGUGAUGGCUGCAUCCACUCAUAAAAGUUCCAGUGCUAGGAAUCAGUCUUGAAAUCGUUAGUUUUCCUGAAGUACACCUAAAAAUGAAGCCUUCCCUUGACUGCUAAUGGCGCUCACUUCUAUCAUUAUGGAAAUGGUCUUCCUCUUGCUGAAAAUGUCUCUAAUUCUUUGACAACGGCUUAAGAACAAUGGGGUCAAGUACACUUGGUAAAGCAGCGACAUUGGAUGAAUUGUUGAGCACAUGCAUCGAAAUGUUUGAUGACAGGGGAGAACUGAGCAACAGUUAUUUGCCAAGAAUCGUUCUUUUGAUGCACCGAUGGUAUCUAUCAUCCACUGAGCUGGCGGGAAAACUUCUCUCAAUGUACCGUGAUGCUUGUGGGGAAGGAUGUGAUGAAUUCCGCCUAAAGGUCUGCUACUUCAUGAGAUACUGGAUUCUGGAGUUCCCAGCAGAAUUUAAUCUGGAUCUUGGUUUGAUUCAUAUGACCGAAGAGUUUCAGGAAGUAGCCAGCCAGCUGGGAUAUGAAAAACAUAUCAACCUCAUUGACAUAUCCAGCAUUCCUUCCUAUGACUGGAUGAGAAGAGUCACACAGAGAAAAAAAGUGUCUAAGAAGGGAAAAGCUUGUCUGCUGUUCGACCAUCUGGAGCCCAUUGAACUGGCUGAGCACCUUACUUUUCUGGAGCACAAAUCUUUCAGACGGAUUUCAUUCACAGAUUAUCAAAGCUAUGUAAUUCAUGGCUGCCUGGAGAAUAACCCAACCCUGGAAAGAUCCAUUGCUUUAUUUAAUGGGAUUUCUAAAUGGGUCCAAUUGAUGGUUCUUAGCAAGCCAACUCCACAGCAAAGAGCCGAAGUCAUCACUAAAUUUAUAAAUGUUGCCCAGAAACUCCUUCAGCUACAGAAUUUUAAUACAUUGAUGGCAGUGGUGGGAGGACUGAGCCAUAGUUCUAUUUCCCGCCUCAAAGAGACUCAUUCUCAUCUUUCUUCAGAAGUCACAAAGGACUGGAAUGAAAUGACAGAACUCGUCUCCUCCAGUGGCAAUUACUGCCGUUACCGCAAAGCUUUUGCUGACUGUGAAGGCUUCAAAAUCCCCAUCUUGGGCGUUCACUUGAAAGACUUGAUCGCCGUUCAUGUCAUUUUUCCAGACUGGACUGAAGAUCAUAAAGUCAAUAUUGUGAAGAUGCACCAGCUCUCAGUGACCUUGAGUGAAUUGGUUUCCCUCCAGAGCGCCUCACACCACUUGGAACCUAACAUGGAUUUAAUCAACCUCCUAACACUUUCUCUCGACCUCUAUCACACAGAAGAUGAUUACAAACUCUCACUGGUGCUGGAGCCCAGGAAUUCUAAAUCGCCUACCUCUCCUACAACUCCUAACAAGCCAGUAGUGCCCUUGGAGUGGGCAUCCGGAGUGAUGCCAAAACCUGACCUGACCAUUAUUAACAAGCACAUAAGGAAGUUAGUUGAGUCUGUUUUUAGAAACUAUGAUCAUGACCACGAUGGGUAUAUCUCCCAAGAGGACUUUGAAAGUAUUGCCGCCAACUUUCCUUUCUUGGAUUCCUUCUGUGUGUUGGACAAAGACCAGGAUGGCCUAAUUAGUAAAGAUGAAAUGAUGGCUUAUUUCCUGAGAGCUAAAUCCCAACUCCAGUGUAAAAUGGGACCAGGAUUUGUCCAUAAUUUUCAAGAGGUGACCUAUCUCAAGCCAACUUUCUGUGAACAUUGCGCAGGAUUUCUCUGGGGCAUAAUCAAGCAAGGAUACAAAUGCAAAGACUGUGGAGCCAACUGUCACAAGCAAUGCAAAGACCUCCUUGUGCUGGCAUGCAGGAAAUUUGCAAGGGGAACCUCCAUGGGAAGUGGUCAUGGCUCUCUUCCUGGCAGCCCAUCAUUGCCUCCAGUUCAGGAUGAGGUGUUUGAGUUCCCUGGUGUUGCUGCUGGACAUCAGGAUCUGGACAGCCGAGCCAUCACCCUGGUGACAGGCUCCUCUCGAAAGAUUUCCGUGCGCCUUCAGCGGGCCACCACCAGUCAGGCCACUCAGACGGAACCCAUGUGGCCUGAGUCUGGAUGGGGUGACUCAGGAUCUCAUACCUUCCCCAAAAUGAAAUCCAAAUUCCACGGCAAAGCUAGAAAGGACAAAGGCUUUGCUCGAUGGGAGAAUGAGAAGCCUGGGGGGCAGGUCAAUAUGAACAUGGGGACCCAGAGCACACAGUAUGAACUGGACCAGAAUGGAGCAGACACCAAUGAAGCCAACCAAGAAUGUGAGGAUGGCUGACUUCUGAAUGGGGAAACUGAAUGUCUAAUGAGUUUGGCAGUUGCAUAAAGCAAGAUGAGGAAUCCUGAAGACCAUGUUCCAAGUCUGGGAAAAUGAUCAAAAAAAUAUUCCUGCCUUGUGAACUCAUCAGGUCAUCCUGUCCCAACAGUGUGAUGGAAGGUCCCUGUCUGUGCAGCACAAAAUCAAUGUACUAUUUAUUUCUCCCCCUCCUGCUCCCCCCAGUGACUGAUCUGUUAAGCAUUUCAGAAUAAUGAAGACUCCUAUAUACCAACCCUAA